AUGGGAAGCCGGCUCUUUAAUCUCUUGGGUGGCGGGCUACUUCUUGCCCUAGGCGCCACAGCAUCCCAGAAUGAGAGGGGCAAAUGGGUGCACCGUAAAUGGGCCGGCGCCGACUACUCAUGCAAGUGCUAUCUCGGCGACGCGUGCUGGCCCGGCAAGCAGCAAUGGGAUGCCCUCAACGCGACCCUUACCGGAAACUUGCGGGUGGACGUCCCUCCCGGAGCCCCCUGCUACAAUCUGUUCCAGGGACCCCUCGGCAACGUCACGACUUACAACGCAGCCCAGUGCGCAAACGUGACUGCUGGAUUUGGCACCGAGCAGUACCAGAUUGAACUGCCGGCUGCUGGCUUGUGGACCUACUUCACCAAUGACACCUGCAGGCCAACCACCAACCCGUCAGACACCUGCACUCUCGGCUAUUACCCCGUUCUCGUCAUCACGGCCACGACGGUCGGCCACAUCCAGGCCGGCAUCAACUUUGCCAGAGAGAACAACCUGCGACUGAUAAUCCGGAACACUGGCCACGACUUUCUCGGUCGGAGCGUGGGCUGGGGCUCCCUCGUCAUCAACACGCAUUCCUUUCAGCAGAUUUCCUUCACCGAUUCCUGGAGCGGCGCCGGUGGUUAUGCCGGGUCUGCCAUCACGGUUGGCGCUGGUGUGCAGGCAUUCGAUGCGCUGAACAAGCUGAAUGCCCUCACCCCUCCUAAAGUCAUGGUCACUGGAGAAUGCGGCACUGUCGGUAUUGCCGGAGGCCUGCCCCAGGGGGGUGGCCACGGCCCUCUGACUAAUCAACAAGGAUUCCUCGCCGAUACGGCACUCGAAUUCAAAGUCAUUACAGCGGACGGGGUACUCCGGACCGCCAAUGAGAAAACAAGCUCGGACCUGUUCUGGGGGCUGAGAGGUGGCGGGCCUGCUACGUUUGCCGUCAUUGUCGAGGCGUCCUACAAGACAUUUGCUGACGUCCCGAGCACUGGCAUUACCCUAAACAUCAACAUAGCGAACACCACGCUGUUCUGGCAGGCUGUUACAGCGUUCACCGGCUACAGUAACCGAUUUGUCGACAACGGUAUAUACGUCUACUAUGAGCUUGGAAUCGGUGGUCAGAUCCUGAAUGUCCAACCCAUUGUUGGCGUCGGGAAGACUGCCGCCCAGCUCCAGGCGAUUGUUAAGCCUCUGUUCAGCGAGCUGGAUGCGCUGGGGGUCCCAUACCAGACAUCGACCAAGACGUUUGCUACGUUCUAUGACCUGUACAUGGGCUUGUUCGCUACUGAAGGAGCAGGGAGCUCUGCCCUUACGGGGGGGUGGACAAUUGGCAAGGCCGAUAUCGCCAACAACACGACUGGAAUUGUGGAGGCGUUUAAGACGGUCCUUGCCAACGGCUCGUUGAUGGUUGGCCACAUCUGGAACGCAGGGUAUGGUCUGCCCAGGAGCGAAUGGAGCAAGAGCGCCGUGAACCCGCGCUUCAGAGCAGCCAGCAACAAGCUCAUCACGGUGAUUCCUGUGGAUGGCAAUGCGCCGCUUGCCGACAAGGCCGCCGCCCAGUAUAAGCUAACCUACGUUGUCGACAAUGCACUGAAGCAAGCCGCCCCCAGCGGCGCGGCGUACGUCAACGAGGCCGACCCCUUCAUCCCCAACUGGCAGGAGGCCUUCUGGGGCACAAACUAUCCGGCCCUGCUCAAGCUGCGGAAGAAGUGGGAUCCUGCCGGCGUCUUCUACGCCGUCUCGACCCCCGGCACAGAAGACUGGGAGCAGAUCGAGUACGGCACGCGGCUCUGCAAAAGGCUUUAAGUUGUGGGCAUAUGCUGCUGCUAUUGGUUGUUGCGUGGCCAUCAAAAUAAUUACGUUUAUUUUCAAAAAAAAGCAUCUCCAAUG